UAGUACAUUGAUGGCGGAUUGACAACUCACCAGUUGACUUAUUCAACGCCUGGGAAAAUAUCUGGUAGAAAUCAAUUAAAUUUGUGAUUUCAAGAAAACGGGAAUAUGGCUAGUCCAAGAACUAGACGGGUUCUAAAGGAUCUGAAGAUUAAAGAUGACAACAAUAACUGUUUUGAGUGUGGAGCUCAUAACCCACAGUGGGUGAGUGUCAGUUAUGGGAUCUGGAUCUGCCUGGAGUGUUCUGGCAAACACCGAGGACUUGGAGUACAUCUCAGCUUUGUCCGGUCAGUGACGAUGGACAAGUGGAAGGACACAGAGCUAGAGAAGAUGAAGGCAGGAGGGAACCGUAAGACCAAGGAGUUCUUCAAAUCUCAGCCUGACUACCAGGAAGGAAUGAGCAUCAGUGAGAAGUACAACACUAAGGCUGCAGCUCUCUUCAGAGAUAAGGUCGCCACAGAGGCAGAAGGCAAGACAUGGAGUAUUGAAACCUCCCCGGCUAGAAACUAUUUACCAUUCCAGCCCCGCCUGGGGUCAUCCAGCUCACAGCCCCGUCUGUCCAGUAUGGACCAAGGGGGAUCCAGCAACAUGACUAACAGUCACAGCAGUGGAGAUCUGCAGAACAGUUACCAUGAUAACAUCAACUUUCAAAGUGAUGAAAUGAGACAGCAGAAACAGAAUUUCUUUGAUCAAAGGAUGGCUGAAAAUGCUGCACGACCAGAAGGACUGAAGCCCAGUGAAGGAGGGAAAUAUGUAGGUUUUGGAAAUAGCCCUAUAGAACCGGAGAAUGAAGCUCUCUUCGACAUGUCGUCACUGUCAUCAGGCUUAUCAUCUUGGGCCUCGAGUGCCACAAAAUUUGCCUCAGUAGCUUCUGAAAAGGCUGCCAAACUAGCAACGACAACUGCCAAGAAGACCAAGGAACUUGGCCAGAGUGUUAAUGAAUCUGUCAUCAAACCCACCAAGGAAAAGGUGGCAGAGGGCAAGAUUUUCAACGAUGUGUCGGCAUCUGUUGUAAACUUUACCGACAAAGUGAAGGACGGCUCCUUGAUGAAUGACGUCGGCAGCUCAAUGAGUGGAUUUGCCUCCAAGUUGACUGCAGCCAGUACCAAGGGUUGGAGAGACCUGCAGUCACUAUGGGGUGAGCCCAAGACCACCCUCGCCACUGCAGACACCAGCCCAGGGGAGAAGACGUCACUCCUAGGAGCAAAGGGGUAUGGCAGCAAUGCUGACCCAAGCAAGAACCGUCUCCUGUCAGACGAUGAUGAUUCCUGGGGAGAGAGCUGGGGAUCCGAGUGGGACGAGAAGAAGAAAAAGAAACCAGGGCAAGCCGAUUGGUCAGCAGGCGACGAUGACGAACUUGAGGCGUGGCUAAACAACGAUGAGACCCCAUUGUCCUCCACCUCCUCUUCAAAACAGAAGUCUAAAAACGACAACUGGGACGACUGGGGCAACGACACAGGGGGGAAUUCCACAGCUAAAAAGACAAAGGAAAUUAAAAAAGCUUCCAAAAACAAAGAAGAAGGUUGGAAAGACGUAGACUGGGACAGUGGGUUUACAUCCCCAGCCAAGCAGAAGGAGCCCUUGGUGGGCAAUCUCCUGGACCUCGGGGAGGCCUCUGCUGGCAAUGACAAUGGGGGUUGGGACAAUGACGUGUGGGCUAAUGAUGAUGAUGAUGCGUGGCAGAGUUUAGAAGUGGACUCCAACAAGGGCAAGAAGGCCAGCUAGACUUGCCAAGGUUGUUGAUAUGCGAUUCAUGUAUGUGAAAAAUAUCGUUCUUUGGCUCCUGCUGCGAGACCAGUUAUCAAGGAUUUAACUUAAUCAUCUGUUGUCGAGAUGCACUGUGUCCCUAUUUGGCAAUGGGUACUCCAGGGUCGUCGGGCCAAGAACCUUGUGAACGAUGUUGUUCGAUGUUUACCCAAAUCUUCCAGGAUGUUAUCUGUAUGCUGUACAGUAUUUGAAGACACUGUGUUGCUGUACUGUGAUCAGUGUUAGCAUGCCAAGCAUUCAGUAGUUAAUGGGACUCAUUACCAAGCAUCUCACAAACAUCAGAGCUAGUCUGGUGUUGCCAUGGUUGCACUAUAGUAAACCUCAGUUGCCAAGGUUACACUUCAGUAAGCCCUUUGGUGUCCAAGGUAACUGGCUAUUUAAUUUCAGUCGGCUAACAACUGUAGUGAUGGUAGGUCAAACCAUACAUUAGUGUAAUCAAGUUCUCAUAAUACCAUGGUUACAAGGUCAAAAUUCACCUUAAGCACUGGUCAGAUAAAGCUGCUUGCCAGUUCAAGAAAAGUUGACUUUCAACAAGACGUAUUCUUCAGGAAAAUGUACUGCGAUUCCCUUUCCUUUGUUUACUUGGGAGGGGCCGCAUUUUGUGUUGAUUCCUCAUACACUGUUAUUGGUGUUUAGCACGAAACAAAUGUUUCACAAGUUCAUGAUUCUCCUGUCAUUUUAAAAUGUUUUCUUUGAAAUAUAUUAGGAGCAUCACAGAUGGAUAGCAUGGAUUAUCAAAUCUGACUUUAAAUAAUUCAGAUGUUGACAUACAUGUAUAUUAUAUGUAUAUUGAAUCAACAAAUGUAUCCAUGGUAUGCAGUAGCAGUGGGGUAGCCUUGUGGUUAAAGUGUUCGCUCGUCAUGCUGAAGACCCGGGAUUAAUUCCUCACAUUGAUGCAGUGUGUGAAGAACAUUACUGGUGUCCCCCACUGUCAUAUUGCUGGCAUAUUGCUAAAAGCGGUGUAAACCCAACUCACUCCCUCACUCCAUGGUAUGCAAGCAGUUAAUGUGAAAACUGAAGAACAAGUUACCUUUAAAGUCUAGUCAAAAAGCAAACACAGCUGACUGACAAUUGCAAGGAAAUCAUCUUUGAUAGACUAUUUACUACCACAUGUUCUGUCAGUGGUCAAAAUUAAGUAUGAAAGUGAAGAGUUUUUGUCAUAACGCAAAUGUUAAAACAUUAAAAAUGUAAGGAGUCCCUAGAUUCCAAUACUACAGGAGGAAAUCACAGGGCAUUGUGAACACUGUCUAUGACUUUUAACUCGAAUGUGUCGACUGCUGAGCAGUAAAAGUUUGUACAUUAGAGGUAUACAUCGACUUAUAUACCACUCAACUUUUGAUAGGGAUAAUCAGAUGUAAUUCUUGUUAGAUAUACACAUGGCAUAUUAUGAGAAUCAGCCUUGUGUAUCAUGGAGAGGUAGAUAUCCCUAUCAAAGGUGGAGCAGUAUAGCUGGCACGCGAGUGAAGACCUUGCAACAUAUAUCAAGUUAUUCUAAAUGAUAUCAAGUGAUUAUGAAUGAUAUCUAGCCAUUAUGAUUGAUAUCAUGCGAUUUAGAAGAUGUCCUCUAAUACUUUGAUGUAUCAAUGAACUCUUUUAAAACUAAACCCUUGUAGCUUCCAUAUGAGAGAUAAUGAAAUCUCGUUACCGUGGUAAUGUCAUGUGUUAUCCCCCUAUGGUGUUUGCAUGCAUUGAUAUGAGGAUGUCUGCUGGUCUGCCGGAGAACUAGGCGAGGGCAAACUGGCACCAUAUCAUUCCUUUGUCUGCAAAUAUAAUGUUAUGCAUCCUAGUAUACAAUAACGAUUAAUAUUUGCCAUUAACUGCGUAAAACUAUAAGUGCGAUAAUAUUUUCAUAAAUAUCUAGUGACAUCAUAUAGUGAAAAAUCAUUUGGGCAUUACUCACACUCAUCUUCGUCAUGAGCAUUUAGCAGACACCCUUAAGCCAGUGGCCAACACAGCCAACAUCGCCAGUACUUCAGGGUCUUGUAAACACUACUUUAUUCCAUCACUCGUGAAUACGUAUGGCAGCUAUGUUGUGUUUUCACUAUUUUUUACCAUCGAAUCAAGUAAAGGCCUGGUUCUGAUGAGAAGGAAGCUUGCAAGUCCUACAACCACUGCUCUAAGAGCUUACAGUAGCAAUGUUUGCUUGAUAUGGGUUCAUCAUGUGCCAUGUAGCCUUAUGGCUGCCUGCUCUACACACAGCUUUAACAGAGGUCAGUGGUAGAGGUUGUGCAAAGACUUGGGUUCAUCAUGUGCCAUGUAGCCUUAUGGCUGCCUGCUCUACACACAGCUUUAACAGAGGUCAGUGGUAGAGGUUGUGCAAAGACUUGGGUUCAUCAUGUGCCAUGUAGCCUUAUGGCUGCCUGCUCUACACACUGCUUUAACAGAGGUCAGUGGUAGCAGUUGUGCAAAGACUUGGGUUCAUCAUGUGCCAUGUAGCCUUGUGGCUGCCUGCUCUACACACAGCUUUAACAGAGGUCAGUGGUAGCAGUUGUGCAAAGACUUGGGUUCAUCAUGUGCCAUGUAGCCUUAUGGCUGCCUGCUCUACACACAGCUUUAACAGAGGUCAGUGGUAGAGGUUGUGCAAAGACUUGGGUUCAUCAUGUGCCAUGUAGCCUUGUGGCUGCCUGCUCUACACACUGCUUUAACAGAGGUCAGUGGUAGAGGUUGUGCAAAGACUUGGGUUCAUCAUGUGCCAUGUAGCCUUAUGGCUGCCUGCUCUACACACUGCUUUAACAGAGGUCAGUGGUAGAGGUUGUGCAAAGACUUGGGUUCAUCAUGUGCCAUGUAGCCUUGUGGCUGCCUGCUCUACACACUGCUUUAACAGAGGUCAGUGGUAGAGGUUGUGCAAAGACUUGGGUUCAUCAUGUGCCAUGUAGCCUUGUGGCUGCCGGGGAGCUUAUUACGUUAAAUACGGUAUUAACUUACUAAAACUUGACAAACGUCACUUUUUCACCGCUUAGUGGCUGUAGGUAUCUAGGGUGAUGGAAGAAUUAGUGCAUACAAACUUGAGAAUUAUAUUGACGUUGCACAGCCAAAUCUAAAGUUUUGAAAAGCUUCUCAUAGUUUCUUCAUCCAACCUUGUGUGUUUCUGUUAGCAAAUGUUCACAUUAUUGUAUUGGUAUAAUAGUGAAAUGAUGGGCAUGUUUGGUUGUUGGUUUGCCAAAAUUAGUUACAGGUUUCACUAAUUCAGAUGUUAAAGAGAUGUGAUAGCUUUAAUAUAGCUUCGUAAAAUAUGUAUUUGGGGACCAAAAAUUACUCUUUUUUAUCAUUAUUAUCCUUAAUGUUUCAAGAUCAGAGUUGCAGUUAUUUUAUAUUUUGAGUCCAAAAUGUCCUAUUUAUGACUCUGCUCUGUGACAAAAAUUUACAUGAUUAACACAAAAGAUUCAGUCUCUACAUUCACUAUGUAUCAACCUUAUUUUUUUUCUCGCUUUGGUUUUGAAAAACAUUUUUGGACAGAUAAAAUAUAUAUUCACAGUGCAACUCUUUUCUUGACCAUUAUUAAGUUUAAUCCCUACUUUCAAGCAUUAUUCUGUCUCCCAAAUAGAAAUUCUUUGCAGUUCAUAAGAAUUAUCAUGGCUUGUGUAAAGUUGUUUUUAAGAAACAAUUUUGAAAUGUAUGCAUAUAUUUUUACUAUUGGUUUUACCAACAGUUCCUAUAAAUUUAAUAUUUUUUUAAAAUUCAAUAUAAUGGAAUUGUGGAAAUUUACUGUAAUCUGUUUCUAUGGAACUGUUGAAAAUUGUUUUCAAAAUGAAAGGUUGUGACAGCAAUGUGUCAAUUUCUUCCACCAUGACACUCUACCUUGUCAGUAUGGCUCUGCUGUAGACAGAACUCACUGUUUGUGCAGAAGUUGACAGCUUUUGCAAGUGUAAAGUUGAUCAUCAUUACUAUUUGUAUUCAUCACCAUUAUUCAAUGCUAGGUUUACAGACAUGGUUUAGACACAGAAGUCUGACAAUAAGAAAGUAAUGAAAUAAUUAUAACAACUACAUAUUGCUAUAAAAUGGGUUACUGUUUUCAUUUGUAAGAUCCAGACUAUGGCACUUUGAGGAUGGGUGAAACUUUGUUUACUCGAAUUCCCAUCAUUACAAUCUUGUAUUUACAAAAAAUACUAAAAGUAAAUCACCGUAACCAAUUAUUUUGGAGUAAUAAAUAAACAAAAAAAAUCAAAAGCCAUAUAGUAUAACAACAUUGUGGGUAAUUACCAUUGUAGCCUUCUCAACUUGCGUACCCCUACAUACCUCUGACUGAAUGCAGGCAUCACAUCUACAUGAUGGAUAAUGGACGAAUGUGCAACAAUUUGCAUGGUGUAACAUAGACAAGUAUUGCCACUGUCAGCCUAUGAGACACACUAAGGGCAGUAUACAUGAACAAAUGCAAAUUAGAAGUCACUUGAAACAGCAUAUUUAAUUUUUUAGAAAGGUAUGCUUAAUAACUUAAUUAUACCCAAUAGACGCAAGGGAGAAAUAAUAUAUUGAUUACUGAAAGAAAAUGAUCUAUAUGGGGAGUGAAUGAUGUGAACAAAUAAUACUCAAUGGCUGGAUAAUGCCUGAUGAUGUUACUGCAAGGUUCCUGGAGAAUGCUGUGGUCAUUGUGUACUUUCCCCAGCACUCAGCUUGUUUUGAACUUCAGAUGACUUGACAUAUUGGCUUCUCAGGGCUUCGAGUUAACAAGGUUUCUCAGUAUUUCAACUCCACACUCAAAGAAUUGUUCCUGUUUUAGGGGCCAACCAUUUGAUAUUCUGGUUUGGGGGUUAUCGAAAAAAUAAAUUUACCCCAAAAUUCUUGAAAAAUAUGCUUAUGCUUCAGACUGUUUCAAAAGUCAGAAAUUGCCAGCCACAAAAAUAACAUUGUUGCAAGGUGUUUUUCUGAGGUUCUUUUAUUGUAAUUAUACAAUAUCUUGUUUUGUUUCUGAAGCUGAUAAAAUGUCGAAUUUCAAUACAAAAUGCCCACGAAAUAUCAAAUGCUCUGUCCCUUGGUACGACUGCAGCAGUCAGGGGUAUUGUGUGAAGUGAAGUAUAUGGAAUUUGUGUAAAGUUGUCAUUAAUGCUGAAUCUGUUUUGGUUAUUUCUUUUACAAUAUUUUCAUGAAGCAUUUUUUCCCUAAAUUAUGUUACCUGUUACCUUGCAUUCUAGUCAUUCAAGUACAGAUUUUGUGUCUCGGUUUGCCAGCAUCAUACCUGUUUGCAUGGGUUUCCCCAAGUUGUAAUUUUCUAGGACCUGCAACACUUUCAGCUGCCUCCCACUACAAGCUGUUCAAAGCACUGUUAAACCCAACUCAUACGCUGACUCACUCUUGAUCUGUGCAUAGAUUGUGAUGGACAGAACAGUUCGAUAGUGUGACUGUUCCAUUCAUGUUAGACGACAGGAGUUGUCUCCCUUUGACCAGGAGCUUCUUUCAAUAGCCAUAUAAAGUUAUCACUGACUCAAAAAAGUAUUUUAUUAUAUUUAAGGGACCACAAAAUUUUCAAGCUAGCUAGUUAGUGAAUUCAUAUUAACUUAGACAAUUUAUGGAAAAUGUAUCUUGUUUUCAAGUUGUUAUUUAUGUGAGUAAUCUAGAACAGUGAUUUGAAUGCUGUUUCAUGUUUGCUAAGUUAUUUGUUAUGUGCCACAAUUGUAUAAAGAUUAGAAUUCUAAGUAAAUCAGCACUGCACAUUGCAAAAGGAUGAAUUUUACAUCUUGGUGUCAUUCAUCUAAGUUUCAUUUAAUAUAGGUGGAUCUGAGACAUUAAGACACAUUUUCUGUGAUUAAUUUAUGAAAAGUUAUGAAAAAAUACAGCAUUUUAUGGACUGAAUGGGUGAAUUAGGGAUGUCAUGAUAUGCCUACCUCUCAUUGCGAUACAUGUCGCAAUACUUGAGUCACCAUGGCAUCGUCAGGCGUAAAUUCAAGAUGCAGUGAUACAUUGGUUAAUCUUGACAUCCUUUGUGUGAAUGUAGACACAAUUAUGUUCAAAGAUAUAUUGUUUACCCGGUAGAUAAAAUUCCAGAAUUGCCUGUUAUUCAAAUAUACUAUAUCAUGUGAUUAGUCUGUAUGUUCAUUUCUGAAAUUGUGUAUAUAUUUUGUGUUAUCAGUGAGAGAAUCAUCCUAUAUUGAUUGACAAAGAUGGUAAGUGCUGCUUGUAACUGCUGAAAUCUUAUUGCUACUCAAACUUAUCAAGAUGACAAGUGUGUACCGGUAGCUAGUUUUAUGGACAGGAAAAACAGAGAGAACAAGAAAUGAUCGUUAAUUCUAAUCCUUCCAUAUGCGGAAGCAAUCUCAUUAAUUUUUUUACACUGAUACGAUACCUCACUGCAUGAAAAUCUGACAAUCCCUUCAUAAAUCACCUGAGCUGAACCCUGAGCAAAGCCUGACUGCCUAAUCUCAUUGAAGGCAUGGGUUGUUGAGCAAAAGGAUGUCAGCUUUCUGAAAGAUGUGGCUUCAUUUCUUACAGUUGUGACAAAUUUCAGUUGCGUAGAGCUGUUGAUGUUUCUUUACCACCUUCAUUAAGACAUUUAUAUCUCAAUAAAAGAAGACCCACACACGACACUAGUAAUCUCUUGAUAAUACUUCAUAUUGAGUGUAGGUACCAUAGUGCUUUGAAACAAGGGAUGAAAUAUCAACAAUAUAAUGAAGCUGCUUUUAUUAUUUUCUUUCAGAACUGACCAUUUAUGUUCAUUUUCGAGAUACAGAAAUCAGAUGUGCUGCUGUGAAUGCAUCACUUGCUCUUUCUGAGAAUUCAGAAGUCUAAAGGCUGACUGGCUUAUUUUGCUUUUUUGAAGUGUUUUUAGGCUUCAAAUCAGAGUUAAAGAAAGAUUUAAUUUUGAUUUAUGUUCAUCAAUUCCUUUGUGGGUUUUUUUGUUUUGUUUUUAUGAUAUACAUGUUUGCACCAGUGUCAACUGGUAAUGAAUAUGGCCAAAUUUAGUGUUUUUUUAAUUGAUAAGCAGCAAAAAGUUAUUUAGUUUUGACAAGUUCUUAAAGUACACUAGUUUACAUCACAGGAUGUCCUGAAAGGGCCAAAUUUCUCUUACAACUAGUUAACCAUACUUUCUUUGGACAAGUUGGGGCAUUUAAAUUAACUAUAAUAAAAAAGGUUUUAACUUUGACACAACUCAUAGAAGAAUGAUGUUGGUAAGCGUGCAAUUUGUGUUCUAAUAUGAGAAUUCAAUAUUUAAUGAGAUAAAUGUGUGCAAUAUUUCAACUCCCACUCUAUUGAUGCACCUUAGUCUUUGUGUAAUUGAAAAAGACAUGUUUACUCUAGAAUUAGACUAUUUUAUGAUUUAAAGUUUUGCCAGCAUUUAAGUAGACCAAAAUGGUAUCUUUAUAUAUAUAAAUUGUUUAAUUUAUUGUAUAAAUGGAUAAUAUUUUGUCAGACUGUUGUUUAUAUAAUAGUUCAUUUAUGAUGGCAAGAUUCUUUCUUUGUCAAGGGUCACUUGUCUAUUUUACCUACCAUAAAUGUACAUAUAUAUAGGACAAGAUGUGAUAUGCAUUGUAAGAUAUCAAAUAUGAUUGUAAUAUGAAGGUCACGUUAUUAUAGCAAUGUUGCGUUUAAUUUGUUCAGAGCGGAGAAAACAUUGCUACAAUGGCAAGUAGAAAUGAUUUGUUUCAAUGCAGGUUUUGAGAAAUGGAAGAUCAGGAUUCUGAUGGCUUAUCAAAUAUUCAUCAAGAUAUUUCAUGAUCAGUUUUGGUUCAAGGUAAGAAACUACAGCCUACAUGCAAGAAUUUCCCAAAUGCUUUUUAACAUGUGCUUCAUCACUAAGAUAGUGAGACGAUGUACUAGUAUGUAUAAGUAUUUUCUCAUUUGAAAAAGUUUUCAAAUACAUGUUUAAUUUCAAAGAUCAUGUUUUCAAUUUGGGCAUAUGCCUGAAAUAGCAUGCAUCAAACACUGUGGGAUAUUUAACCCCCAUAUGUUUUAUUAAUGGAUCCAUAUGUAUCUAAAUUCUUAACACUCAUCAACAUACCAUAUGUUUGCUUCAGAAAAACUGGAACUUUUGUGUUUUCUUGUAUCUGGUUCACAAAUGUUUUAAAGUCUUGCUGUCCAUGCUCCAUCCUUCAUUAUGUUGCCCUCAUUAUUUUUGAAUCAGGAAGCUAUGAACUGUCUUGCAGUGUGUGAUAAGUUUUAUGUUGAUGACAAAGCUACCUUCCAAAGCCUGCACCAAAAACAGCCAUUCCUUCUUGCCCAGAGUAUCAGUGAGUAUGUACUCAAGCUGUCUCUGUAACAUGUCUGUACAUACUUGAGUACAGGAUAUAGAAAGAGUAAUGUCAUCGUCUGUGUCGUCGCUCCAACCCUCGUCAUCAUGCACACAGCUGCCGUUGCUUGCCCGUUCCUCUUGUGGCAAGCCAGCAACAAUAAACAAGGGUUUAGAAUUUGAAA